GACUUCUAAUGGAUGUGUGAUGUUUGUCAGGACCUGGAGAGAGACAGAACGAGAGCCAGCAGGAGACUCUGAGGAAGUUUUCACCUGGAGCAGAGGGCUCUGAAUGGACAAGGUCAAGCUACUGCAGCAGCAGCUCAGUCAGGAAAAACAUACAGUGGAAUGCAUCCAUAAAGAGAGGGAACAGCUGAAGCUCUUACUGAGUUCCAAAGACAGGGAGGAGGGGGCRCGGGCCCCAGAGACUGUCAAGGUUCAGCUCAGGAGCCACAUGGGGGACUACUCUGGCCAGUCUGUUAUCAAAGGAAAAGACAACGUCCUCGUCAAACAAUCUCAAAGCCUGGAUUCAGCGCAGGUGCUGCAUUCGUCCGGUCUUUCGCACUCACUGUCCCGUCCSCUGGAGCUUGCGGGACGUCCUGGUGUGGGCUGGGACCCAGUCGAGGAAGUGGAGGCCCUGCGGCGCGAGCUGGAGACGGUGAGGGGGCGGCAGCAGACUGCCGAGGAAGAGGCUCUUCGCCUGCAGGCGGCACUGGCCCGCAAAAGCCAGGAGUGCCAAGAGCUGGCCCAGAGCCGGGAGACCAUCCAGCGGCAGGCAGACCGGCAAGUCCAGGAGCUGGAGGAGGCACGGGACGUCCAGAAGAGGAUGCUGGACUCUGAAGCCAAGGUCAAGCAGCUCCAGGCCCACGUGGUGGGUCAGGAGCACCUAGGAGGCCAGGCGGCCGAUGAGCUCCGUGCCCAGCUCCACGAUGUCAAGGCCAUAGAGGGCGCCUCGGCCGAGGUGGGGCGCGUGCGUAACCACCUGAAGCAGAGUGAGAAGGCCCUGGAGGAGUACAAGAGCAGCGAGGGCCAGCUGGCGGUGGAGGCAGAGCGGUCUCUGGGCCUGGAGCUGACUGCCUUGCGGGAGGAGAGGGAUGAGCUGGCAGAGGCUCUGCUGGACAUGGAGGCCCUCAUUAAGGAGACCCAGGCACGGCAGGGAGAGAAGGUUGUGCCGGCAGAGAAGUUCGACAACAUGAAGAACCUGUUGAGCAAUGCGGUGGAUGAGAAGGAGCGUCAGCUGGCAGAGCUGCGGGAGGACUAUGACCGUGUGCUGGAGGAGGUGGCUGAGCUACACAGGGAAAUGGACAGCKAGCCAGCCCAGGCCGGGACAGGGGCGGUCCCUCUGCAGGAGCAUGAGAGGAUGAGGACGACCCUGGAGGAACAGAGUUCCUCCCUGAAGAGGAGGCUGGCGGACAUAACUGCCAAGAGCCAGGCACUGAUCCGCCAGGUAGAGGAGAGCGAGGAGGAGCGGGAGAUGCUCCAGGAGCAGCUGGAGGAGCUCAAUAGCAGGGUGGAGGCCAACUUCAUCCCCCUCAAGGCCCACGAAGAGGCCAAGAGCGCCCUGGAGAGAGCUGUGGAGAAGCUGGAGGAGAGGCUGGUGGAGGCCGCAGAAAGGAACGGCCAGGCCGAGGUGCAGAUCCAYAGGCUACAAACGGAGAGGGUCACCCUGUGUGAGAGCGUCACCAGCCUACAGAGCGCUACCGUGCCCUCCGAGAAGUUCCGGAGCGAAGUGGGUGCCCUGAAUGCUCGCAACGCUGAACUGGUGAAGGAACUGGAAGUGCUCCAGAAGAGGUUUGAAGAGAGAGAGAAGGAGCUGGCCCAGGUCACUGCCACGAACCAGUCUCUGAAACAGAGCCUAAAUGGAGAGUACGUGUCCAGAGAGAAACAUGAGCAAGUGAAUAUGGAGCUGAGUGCUGCUUUGGAGAAGGCCAAGGCUGAGCUCUCCAAACUGGAGAUGGAGGGCAAAGAAAGUGAGGAAGAGUUGCAGAAGGUGAGAGAGGGUAGUGCAGAGUUGAAAGAGAAGCUGGAGAAUGUUCAGGUGAUGAUCGAAAAUGACUAUGUGUGCCUUAUAGACCAUGAAGCUGUAAGGGUUAAGUUGAGCAAUGCUGUUGUUGAGGCGGAGCAUCGGGCCAAAGAGGCGUUGGCAAGCUACCAGUCUGCGCAAGAUGGGACAGUAAAGCUUCACCAAGAAAUGGAGGCGCAGAAGAAAGAACUAGACACCAUCCAGCAAGCUAUCCAGGCCAAGUUUGUCCCGUUGACUGCCAUAGAGGAGAGGGAGAACUCCUACAACACCAAGCUGAAAGACUUGACAGGAAAGCUCUCGGAGAUGCAAGAGAAGUACAACCAGGAGAAGUUGGAGGGGGAACGUCACAAGCAGGAGAAAGAGAAACUGAAAGUGCAGAUGGAGUCUGUGCAGCAGAGAAUGGAGACAGGCUUUGUCGCCAGUGAAAAACACAAGGAGGRGGAAGAUGAGUACAGGGGUAAAAUGGAGGAGCUGACGCUGAGGUUGGUGGACCUGGAGCAGCAGUACAAAGACGUGACUGUGCAGAGGGCCGAGCUGGAGGAGCAGAACGCCCUGUGUAACACUGACAUCCAGAGCCUGCAACAGCGCCUGGAAUCCGAGUCGGCCCGGCUGGAACACUAUGAGGCCGAGCACCGAGCCCUGAGGGGCACCAUCCAGCAAUGUCGUCUCAGCAGGACUGGGGUUUACCCUGCUUCUACUAAUGGACUKUGGCUCCUCCUGGAGCGAGGGAACGGGAGCGGGGAGCUGGGCCGGGGCGGAGGUGUAGGAACUCAGGAGCCUCAGGGGCCCUGUGUGUGUGACCCCUGA